AUGUAUAAAUGUACAAUCAACUCGCCACUUGCCGGCGUGCAAAAACUUUUAACAAAACUUUCCUCUGCUCUUAGCAUUAAGCGCAAAUACAAAAGUCCUCGCCAUCAACUCAACAAAUUCUCUGAAUUUUCUUUGCAGGACAAAACAGCGCAACACCAACAAGAGGAUGCGUUUAAUCGCGAAAGCAGCGAAGAAGAUCAGGAUGACGCCUUCCAUCGUUGGCUCACGUCCACCGAAACGAACAACAACAACAACAACAACAACAAACACAAUACUACCAGCAGCAGCGAUACAAAUAACAAUUCCAUGGAGGACAGUGCGACACCAGCACGUCGCAAAAAUUUGUUUAGUCUCGCUGAGGCGCAAAAUAAUAAUGCAACCAUAGCAACCAAAACAUUGAAUUGUACUAAUCCACAGAGGGGAGGCAACAAGGGCAACAGCAGCAACAGUAGCAGCAGAAACAAUAACAAUAGCACAAUUGACAACGUAUAUUUUCGCAGUUCCUACAAUGACUACAGCAGCGAAUACAAUGGCAGUGUGGUGAAUAUCGAUAUAUUGCUCACCACGGCGGAUGAGCAACAACAGCAGCAGAAGGCGGAUUUAAUUACGCAACCAAGCAGUAAUUCACAACAGACGACAGGCACAGGAGCAGCAGCAGCAGUGGUAGCAGCUAGCAACAUCUCCGGCUUAGAGGUGACUACAAAUACAACAACGCAUCCCAUUGCCAGCGUGCAAACGAGCAGUCCAGAGCGACAAUGCAAUGUUAUGGGCACGUUGUACAAAAUCGGCGAUGUACUGCCACAGGAUACCGGAAAUUGCCUGCAAUGUGUGUGCAUAGAUGGCUCGACGAGCGAUGACACGCCGCGCGUCACCUGCAGUCCGCACAAUUGUCCGCCGCUAGUGCUGCCAGAUCUCUUCGAUGCGACAGGAUAUUAAGCAGCACGACAGAUGACUGCAAAAAUCAACCAAUAAUAACAACUACAUACACAAGUCAGCUCAUUCGAUGCAUCGCUGUGAAUUCACUCAAACCCACGCACACAUCAACACACACAUACUCACAAUGGACAAAGGCGAAAAAUUCUAUAUGAGUGCAUCACUACUGAUGAUAGUGGCAGUAUCAAUAACGAUGCGUUUCGCUGGCAGAUAGCUCAUCAACUAUAGCAACUGAUGUCGUUGAAUGUUGAAAGCUAAUAAAUCAAUAAUCUUCGGUCAAACCAAAAAGUACCGUCAAGGCAUAUCCCCCAACAAAUCAAACUUUCAAAGAAACAUCACGUUAAACGUAUUCUUACACAAACCUUUAUAUACUAUAUAUGUAUGCUGGCGAAAUAAAAU